AUGGCCCCUCCCACCGCCACCGAAACAACCAUCUUCUCUCCCGUUCCCGUCCAAGCCCAUUCCACCCAAGAAGCGGCUGCCGAAGCCGCCAAAGUGAAGAACACCCCCCAGAAAUUCCCCCAGCCCCCAGUCUUCGAAGACAAGUACAAGGAGCGCGAGUACCUUAAGGGUCGACUGGCAGCGGCGUUUCGCAUUUUCGGCAAGAAUGGGUACGAUGAAGGCGUGGCAGGACACAUUACUCUCCGUGACCCCGUCGACCCAACCACCUUCUGGGUGAACCCCUUUGGCGUAGCAUUCUCGCAGAUUAAGUCAUCCGACUUGAUCCAUGUGAGCCAUGCCGGGGAAAUCAUUGGCGGCGGACCCGUCCGGCUGCUCAAUGCUGCUGCCUUUAUGAUUCACUCGGCCAUCCAUGCUGCUCGUCCGGACGUGCUCUGCGCUGCUCACAGCCACAGCAUUCACGGACGGGCUUUUUGUACCCUCGGACGGCCGCUGGAUAUCAUCACGCAGGAUGCGUGCGCAUUCUACAAUGAUAUCGUCUUGUACAACCAGUUCAACGGCAUCGUGCUGGCCGAAGAAGAAGGGAAGAGCAUUGCUCAAGCCCUCGGCAACAAGAAAGCCGCACUGCUGCAGAACCACGGACUCCUAACCGUAGGACAAACCAUCGAGGAGACGGUGUUCUGGUUCGUCAGUCUGGAGAAAUGCUGCUACGUGCAGCUGAUGGCCGACGCCGCAGCCGCAGGCCGGGGCGGACAGACCGUCAAGGUAGACGAGGCAGAUGCAGCAUUCACAUACAAGUCGGUGGGCACACCCAGGGCAGGGUAUUUCAGCGCGAAGCCGAUGUUCGAUUUGAUCCACGAGGAGACAGGGGGGAGCUAUCUGAACUAG